UUGGGAGGAAUAACCGAGAAAAGGCGUUUUAACCACUUCCACCGAGGGUUUAUCUGUGCCUUCCCCUGUGGGGUCCGGGGGGAAGGAUCCAAGAGGCGCGGCUCCCUCCCGGCCGGACAUCUGGGAACGGGUGGCCAGAGUCCACCAUGGGAAGGAGAGACCUGGGUGGCGACCCUUAAAGCAGUACCAUGCCGCAGGAGCCCAGAUGCCACUGUGCCAGCUUUUUCCCACCGCACCUUCCGGACCCGGCUGGAUUUGGAUGAAUCAUCCCCGGAGGGGGCGGACCCGCGAACAGCAGGUAAAGGAGCUUCAGGCUUCUCCCAUCCAGGAUUGAUCGAGCUGAAGUAAAAAACUGUGCAGGCAGAACCAAGCUAUCUUGAAUCAACAUAGAAGAAGGAGGAUCUGCUUCUGUUGGUCCCUGGCAACUUCAACUAGACUCUUGACUGGUGGGAACUGCACAGUUACAGCAUUUCAGUGUACAAGGAGGAGAACCGCACAGCGAACAACCCAGGCUAAUGAAGCAGUGGCUUUUUGACUGAGAACAGAUAAUUAUUUCAUCAUUAGCCUUCCAGACUUUACCUCUCAUUUGAGUGCUGGACACAAACAAAGCCAAUUUCAAUCACUUCAGUUUGGUUCCCUAUCUUUUUUUUCCCACCUCCCUAUCUCUUGUUUCUUCACUUUAGAAAUGGGCCUGCAGACUAUGAAGGGGCCCAUUCAACGGGUCUCUUUCCUGAGAUCAUGGGUUAUCAUUUCCCUGGGGCUCUCCAUGCAGGUUUCACAAAGUGUGGCCUGUCCAAGCGUGUGCCGCUGUGACCGAAACUUUGUCUACUGUAAUGAGCGAAGCUUGACCUCAGUGCCUCUUGGGAUACCGGAGGGCGUAACCGUACUCUACCUCCACAAUAACCAAAUUAAUAAUGCUGGAUUUCCUGCAGAACUGCACAAUGUCCAGUCAGUACACACAGUUUACCUGUACGGCAACCAACUGGAUGAGUUUCCCAUGAACCUUCCCAAGAAUGUCAAGGUUCUACACCUGCAGGAGAACAACAUUCAGACCAUUUCCCGAGCUGCCCUCGCCCAGCUCUUAAAGCUCGAAGAACUGCACCUGGACGACAACUCCAUCUCGACUGUGGGUGUGGAAGAUGGGGCAUUCCGGGAGGCCAUCAGCCUAAAGCUGUUAUUUCUGUCCAAGAAUCACCUGAGCAGUGUCCCAGUUGGCCUUCCUGUGGACCUACAGGAACUGAGGGUGGAUGAAAAUCGAAUUGCCGUGAUAUCAGACAUGGCUUUCCAGAACCUCACAAGCUUGGAGCGCCUGAUUGUGGACGGCAAUCUCCUGACCAACAAGGGCAUUGCCGAAGGCACCUUCAGCCAUCUUGCCAGACUCAAGGAGUUCUCAAUAGUUAGGAAUUCUCUCUCCCAUCCUCCACCUGAUCUCCCAGGCAACCACUUGGUCAGACUCUACUUACAGGACAACCAGAUAACUCACAUUCCUUUGACAGCCUUUUCCAAUCUCCACAAGCUGGAGCGACUGGAUAUUUCUAACAAUCAGCUGCGGGUGCUGGUGCAAGGUGUCUUCGAUGAUCUCUCCAACCUGAAGCAGCUCACUGCACGGAACAAUCCAUGGCUAUGUGACUGCAGCAUCAAGUGGGUCACCGAGUGGCUUAGGUUUAUUCCCCCAUCACUCAAUGUGCGGGGUUUUAUGUGCCAGGGGCCGGAACAGGUCCGGGGGAUGGCCGUCCGGGAGCUGAAUAUGAAUCUAUUGUCAUGCCCCACCACCACCCCUGGUCGGUCCCUUGUCAUCCUGUCCCCAAGCCCAAUGCCCACUGUCCAGCUUUCCACUUUGCCUGCUCCAACCCUUAGCAAAAACUCUACUCUUCCAAUGCCCACCCAAUCCAAACUCCCCACCGUGCCUGACUGGGAGGGCAGAGACAGGGCGACCCCUCCAAUUGCCGAACGGAUCCAGCUCUCUGUCCAUUUUGUGAAUGACACUUGCAUUCAAGUCAGUUGGAUCUCUGUUUUCACCGUGAUGGCAUACAAACUCACUUGGGUUAAAAUGGGGCAUAGCCUGGUAGGGGGCAUCGUACAAGAACGGAUAGUCAGUGGCGAGAAGCAACACCUGAGUCUGGUCAAUUUGGAGCCCAGAUCCACCUACCGGAUUUGUUUAGUGCCGCUGGAUGCUUUCAAUUACCGUGCAGGGGAAGAGACAGUCUGUUCAGAAGCCACCACCGAUGCCUCUCCUUUAAGCAAUGGCUCUUCCAAUACAGCCUCCAGCCAUGAGCAGACGACUUCUCAGAGCUUGGGCUCCCCAUUCCUGCUGGCCGGCUUGAUUGGAGGGGCAGUGAUAUUUGUGCUUGUGGUCCUGCUCAGCAUCUUUUGCUGGCACAUGCACAAGAAAGGGCGCUACACCUCCCAGAAGUGGAAAUACAACCGGGGCCGGCGGAAAGAUGAUUACUGUGAGGCAGGCACUAAAAAAGACAACUCCAUCUUGGAGAUGACAGAAACCAGCUUUCAGAUCGUCUCUUUAAAUAACGAUCAGCUCCUUAAAGGAGAUUUCAGACUGCAACCCAUUUACACCCCAAAUGGGGGCAUUAAUUACACAGACUGCCACAUUCCCAACAACAUGCGAUACUGCAACAGCAGUGUUCCAGAUUUGGAGCAUUGUCAUACGUGAUGGCGAGGGGCAGCAAGAUGCUUAAGUGGACAACUGAGACUCCGAGGACACAUACACACACAAACAUGCGCACACAUACACACAAAUACAUUUGAUAAAUGUUACACAGAUGCGUUUGUGCAUUUGAAUACUCUGUAAUUUAUACGGUGUACUAUAUAAUGGGAUUUAAAAAAAGUGCUAUCUUUUCUAUUUCAAGUUAAUUGCAAACAGUUUUGUAACUCUUUGCCUUUUAAAUCUUUAAAAAAAUUGUUGCUGAAGUACUGUACAGGGUUGUACAAUGAGAACCCAAUGCCAUGGCAAAGGAAAGACUGAAUCUUUCUUACGAUGCACAUUAACCACUUUGCUGUCGAAGCUGUCAGAAUAGGUUCCUUUUUAAGAGUGGAUUCAUUGUUAAGUGCUGGCAGUCAAGGUAUACGUGCAGAUUCAAAUGGACUCAUCAGGGACUGGAUAACAAAACUGAGAUAAGAUGAAAUUUGACCCACGUGUUUUCCUGGUUCUUCUGUAUUUCCUGGUUAUGAGUUGAAGUAGAAGUGCCAAAAUAUUAUGAGAAAAGAGGUUCUGACUCUAAUCCUGGUUUGACACAAAGUAGGAAAUAACUAAAACAUCACAGGAAAAUCUUUUAUUUUGAGAUGCUUCAGCCCAAGAGGAUUUGAUAAGAUUUGGAAAAGCAUUCAGACUUUCACGGAGACUAUCUCUAAAUAAAUCAGAUUAAUGAUCCAAUCUUUUUGCCUGAGUAGCGUAAGCUAUACCAGAAAAGAGAAGGGAAUGGUUGAACUAAAUUCAGGUGAAGGGAAAAAAACUCAGUUCAGAACAUUGUUUUAGGUGAGAAGAGGAAGGGCAGAAAAAUGUGGAGGUUUUUUUUUUUUUGGAAUACUGAUAAUUAUUUGGAAAAUCAUAUUUUUCCUGAAUAUAUUCUUAUCCUUUUUCUAAUUUCUUGUCUUCCACUUAGACAUUUUUGGAAAAUGAAAGAAACUGUUUUGUUUGGAGGCUCCAAAUGUUCUCUCUCCUUCGGUUUCUGUCUUCCCUUGGUGUUCUAAUGGGAAUCACAGAGGACACUCAAGUCCAGCCAUGGACACACCCAACUCCAAGAUUGUUUUGUCCAUGUUCUUCAGGCAAACUUUUGUUGAUCCAAAAUAGCAUUUUGUUCAGUGACUCCUCCGCUUAUCUAAUCUUGUGCUUUUCACUGUUAGAAUUUCAUUUGUUUCUAUUCAGUGUGGGUUUCCUCUUCAUUGGGAGUUGUAGAGAGCUAACUAAUCUCACUUAUAAUGUCAGGGCAAAAGAAUCAAAAUAGCUAUUUAGUAUUACCAGAGCAGGGGAUAGAGGGGUUUUUGUUGUUGUUGUUGUUGCUUUUUGGUUUGUUUUUUUUAAGGAAGUUGUAAUGGUCCAAGCUUGUAAUCCUGAUUUUUUUUAAGAUGUGUCCCUCUUCUGAGAGGGCACAGUAGUAUUCUAUUUUUCAUCCAUUAGAUGUAGAAGGGCUAUGCCUAGAGAGAGAAUCUAGGAAUUAUCUGAGAGCUGCAUCCUUUAAACCUUCUUGAUAAAAUCAAAUUUUUAAAUUUCAUUCUUUGGCUCUAAAGCUGCUGUUUUUUCUAGCUAUUUCAGUGGUGCAAACUUUAUGUGACCUAUGCAAUUUUUUUUUCCUGGUAGCUUUGCAUUUCCACAUCAGUAUCUCCAUGUUGCAUGUUUUAACUAUCUUGGCCAACCUCACAUAAGCAGAACAGAAUUUAGUUCAUAUAUACCCUGACUGUAGAAUUAUGCUUGACACAAAUUUC